AUGCCGACAUAUGGAGUAUGUCAUUUAUUGCAUAUUUUAUUGGAAAAAAAAAUUCCACCUCGAUGGUAUGUUAAUAAAAUGAAUCGAGGUGUAAAUUAUAUAAUUUCGACUAUAAUUCUAUCCUUCAUGGUAGAUUGUACAUAUAUUCUAAUAAAAACAACAACUUCUACAUUAACAACAUCAAAAUUAACAACUCCGACAACAUUAACAACAAUAUCAACAAUAUUACCUUUAAAUUCUACUAUAAUAACGAUUAAGACAAAAGAUUUAGUAGAUUCAUUUGAGAAUAAUUCUAUUAGUAAUUUAAUCAUUGGAUAUAUUUUUAUUUUUUUCUCAAUUUGUUUAUCUGGAUAUAAACGAACAUUGGGAAAAAAGUUGGCUAUAGAAGUUGGUGGAAAUCGUAAUUUAUUUGCAAUUGCUGUUCCUCUUGGAGCUGUUUUAAUAUCACCUUUGGCAUUUUACGCCAAGAGUUAUAUAGAAAAUAUUAAUUACACAAUUAUAAUAUUUACUAGUUUAGGAAUUGGUUUAUUAAUUCUAGAUUAUUUUGUUAGUCAUUCAAUCAGUAUCAAUUCAUCAACAAUAUCACAUGUAUUAAAUGGAUGGCCAAUAUCAAUUGGAAGUAGUAUUUCAUGGAGUUUUCUUUUGUUUUAUGGAGAAUUUUCAAUAUUAGAUAUUUUAUUUUGUGGUUUAAUGUAUAAAGGAAUUUAUAAUGUUUUAAUAUCUGAUAAACAAUUUAUUAAUGAUACACAAUUCCCUUCACCGGGAAUUAGUGGUGGUAGAGGAUUUGAACUUCCACUUCAUGGUAGUAGUCAUAAAAAUUCCAGACAAAUAUUUGGUUUUCUAUUAUUAAAUUUAAGUUAUAUGUUUGUUCAAAUGAUUUAUGGAAUUUGGAAUAAUAGUUUGGGUUUGAUUUCGGAUGCUAUUCAUAUGUUCUUUGAUUGUUUAGCAUUAUCAAUUGGGAUAGUUGCUGCUAUAAUAAGUAAAUGGCCAGAAAAUAAAAAAUUUACAUAUGGUUAUGGACGUAUCGAAACACUUUCAGGAUUCGUUAAUGGAAUAUUUCUCAUUCUUGUAUCAAUAUUUAUUGUAUUUGAAGCUAUUGGUCGAUUAAUUGAACCACCAGAAAUGAAUACUGAUAGAUUAUUAUUAGUAAGUUCUUUAGGACUUGCAGUUAAUUUAAUUGGUGUAUUUGUAUUUAAUCAUGGUCACGGACACUCUCAUGGACACUCCCACGGACAUUCCCGUAAACACUCCCAUGAGCAUCAUUCCUCUUCCUCUUGUAAACAUGGGAAUCAUGAUGGAAAUUAUAAUGCCAACAUGGAAGCAGAUACAUUAGGAUCAAUUGGAGUUAUCAUAUCAACAAUUUUAAUUCAACAAUUUGGUUGGACGGGUUUUGAUCCAUUGGCUUCAAUAUUAAUUGCGGUUCUUAUAUUUAUUAGUGUUAUACCUUUAAUUAAAAAUUCUGCAUCUAUUUUAAUGCUUUCCAUUAAUAAUGAUGAUCUUGAACACAAAAUUUUAGAAGGUUUACAAGAGUUAUUACAUACAUCUUAUAUUAAGUCAUAUACUAUGCCUCGAUUUUGGCCUAAUGAUAAAGAAUGUAUAAUUGGUAGCAUUCAUAUUCAGACAACUAAUGAUGCUAAAGAACAAGAAAUCAUUGUAAAAGUUACUAAAAUAUUAAAACUUCAUAUUAAGGGUUUAGAAGAAUUAACUGUACAAGUUGAAAAAUUAGAUGAAGGAUUUCGUGGAUGUUGUUAUGUUGUUAGUAAUAAAAGAAAAAGUUAUUAG